AUGGUCUCUAGCGCCGUGGAAAGGGCCUUUGCGAUGGCGAGUGAUGAAUACGACGUACUCACUAAGGUGAUUACGAAUCAGGACCUGGGCCCGAAUAGGGACAACAUCCGCAAUGUGGUCAAGUGGAUGUUUAUGAAAGACGGCGAAGAGCCAAAUAGCAAACGACUGGGUGUACUCAGAACGCGUCUGGGGAUGCUCAUCAGGGCGAAGGAUCGUAAGGACAACGAGGUCCCGGAUGGCAAUACAAUCGUGGUGUACUGCGGCUUCGACCGCUUCGAAUCAAGGUCUGGCGGCCAGUGGUACGAUAAGGACCUCGAUGAGGUUAUGGAGAAGAACGACUCAUUUGAAGCAUGCAAAGGCGUCGGAAUUACCGUAGCCUACACAUUGCCGUCUGAAGACAGUGAUAAACCGUCCCAAGUUCAAAUCUGCCCGUGGUUCAUCAACUGGAUGAAAUCGGUGGAUACUAAGAGCUUGAAGGACGCUAAAACCAAAGCUAUGUUCUACCAGGGAGUCAGCAAAGCUCUGUCGAAGAUGCACACAUUGCUCACGCCCAUUGACGUGGACUCGCUGCUUGACAAAGUGAUUUUGCACGAGCUGUCGCAUACAAGUGUUGCGGGCAAGUCACUAGAUGUCGACGGGCCGAGCAUUUUGAAGAUCAGGUAUGGGUGGAAUAGGUGUCGGAAGUUGGCGCAGGAGGGAAGCGACGAUGUCAACCGGGAAUCGCAAGUCAAUGCGGAUUCGAUUGCGCUUUGUGGGUCGGCUAUCAGGUUUAUCAAGGAGGGGAAAGAGGUUAAGGAGAACGGGGACGUCGUGCAGAGGUAA